ACCAGUUGUCCGCGAGCCGCCGAGGGGAGAGGGUCGCUCGCCCCACCUCUCGUUUCAGUGAGUGAAUCGUGUGCCCCCACCUCAUCUCCCGCCCCCACUCUUUAUCAAAACCCUUACUUUUCUCCUCCUUUUCCCUCCCCUCUCCUUCUCUCCCUCUUUCCCUCACCCCUCCUUCCUUAACCCCUUCCUCGCCCCUCCUUCCUCCUCCUCGAAAAGACUUCAGUUCGUCUCGAGUGUGUGCUCUCCUCCUCGAAGUUUUAGACCGUUUCGGGACUUACGGCCGUCGAGGAUUCCGUUCCAGAGAAUACGACGGCGGAGGAACCUCGCAGCCCCGAGAAGCCAGUCAGGAAGAGCGGACUGAAGGGCCGUGAAGAAUCGAGACCAAAUCCGAACAGACGAAGUGGAGCGCUGCCCUCUGAAAUGGCGCAGCGACCCUGAAGCAGACUUUGUGAAGGAUCUUGAAGGAGAGGUUCGGCGAGAGGCGCUCUCUGCCGCCGGAGCGGACGUGCCCGGCCGGUUUCCUUGCUCCGUCGAGUCUCGAGCAGAGGCCAAGAUGUCUCUCCGGAAAGACGCGACCAUUUCCUCCAAGAUGUCGGAGUACGACAACGUGCCUGUCCUGCCGGGGAACUACCACGACUACAAGGACCAGCACGACCUCCCCGUCGCGCCGCCGCACCACCUCAGCAGCUUCCCGGUGGACGACCCGCCGCCCGUGCCUCCCCACCAGGGCGUCUCUGCCGGCGCGACCCUCCCGCCGCAGCCACAGCAGCACGCGCAGCUGCACCCGCAGCAACAGUACCCGCAGCAGUACGCUCAACCGCAGCAGCAGCAGUACCCCCAGCAGCAGCAACAGCAGCCGCAGCAGUACCCCCAGCAGCAGCAACCCGCGGCCCCGCCAUCGGGCCGGCCGCUGCAGUUCCCGACCGAGCAGGCGCCGCAGCAGGACUACGACAGCCUCGACGUCCGGCUCGUCAUUCAGCACCAGAAGCAGCUGCUGCAGCAGCAGGAGGAACAGCUGCAGCAGCAACAGCAACUCCAGACAGGACAGAAGAGAACCGUUGUCACCACUGCAAGCAAGUCCAGAGAGAGCGAGCGGUCGCACAGGCAGAGCUACGGCGGCGGCGAGAUGUCGGUGACGGCGUCGCUGGUGUUCUACUUCCUGGUGUUCCUGGCGGAGAUCCUGAUGUUCGGGCUGCUCAGCCUGGUGCUCUUCUGGGUCGUGUACUACCGCGGCGGCUUCAAGUGGCGCGAGGACCCCGCCAAGGAGUUCAACUUCCACCCCGUCCUCAUGGUGGCCGGCUUCAUCUUCUUCAUGGGACAUGCGAUGCUGGUGUACCGCCUCUUCCGCUGCUGCAACAAGCUGACGGCGAAGCUGCUCCACACGUUCCUGUACCUGCUGGCCGUGCCCUGCAUCGUGGUGGGCGUCAUCACGGUGUUCGACUCGCACAACCUGCGAGUGCCGCCCAUCCCCAACCUGUAUUCCCUCCACUCGUGGCUGGGCCUCGUCACAGUGGGUCUGUUCGCCCUGCAGGUAACGCACACGCUGGUCGUGGGAUUCUUCAGUUUCUGGCUCCUUCUCUGCUGUGAGCAAGGGACAGCCAGCUUCCGAUCGGGCUUGGUCCCUGUCCAUGCCACCUUUGGCAUCAUCACCUUCAUGCUGGCCAUCGCGACAUGCGUCACUGGAUAUACGGAGAAAGCCUUCUUUGUGUUGAGCAAUGGCAGAUACGCCCAGCUUCCACCCGAGGCCUGGGUCGUCAACGCGCAGGCCGCUUGUCUCGCGGGUUUGGCAAUUCUGAUGGGAUUUCUCCUAUACUCCAGCAGAUAUGCCCGCACCAGCCACCCCGUGGCCAUUGUCGAUCCUCCAUCCAACUCCCAUUAUGUCAUGACACAGAAAUCGUAUUACUAUAGGGACCAAAUGUAAAAGGCAACGUGAGGGUGGUCGCUCUGCCUUUUUUAUUAUUAUUAUUUUUCCACUGUAUAGGGUAGCAUGUAGCUUAGACAUCAAUUUUUUUUUUUUUUUUUUUUUUUUUUGUAAUGACAAGAUUGAUCUGAUGGUAUAACAAUACUCAGUGUUAAAGGAGGCUGACAGUGAUAUUAUUUAGAAGAGGAAUAUAAUGAAGGCAUUUUUCAUAUGGUAUUGAUAGUAUUGUCAGAAUUAUUUGCUAUUGUAAUGUUAGUACAGAAUGUUAGAAAAUAAACUCACAAUGAAUAUUGGAUAUUUUCUAUGUAAGCUUGAUUUUCACUAAAGUAAGAUCAUAGUUCAGCUGUGAAUUGUUAGAUUUAGAUAUUCUUUGAAAAGGUUGUAAUAUAUGUUGCAAAUUCAACAAAUUGUUGGUUGAAAUAAGAAAAGCAAAUGAAUAAUAAUACUGAAUCAGUAUGAAACAAAUUUAUAAUGUAUAACAAAAUCAAUAGGCAUUAUUUAAAUAAUAUUAGAUCAUACUUUAAGACCAUAAUUUAAGAUCUUUAAGGUUUUUUUAAAACAAUAUGUAAAUAUGUCUUUUGGGUGGGUAGCUGGCAGAAUAAUAGCUUUGAACUUGAGAGCAAAACCAUCACAGAGACUAGACUUGACUGCUUCAUAACCGAGAAAAAGACAUGGAGAAACGCAAAACAUAACUACAUGGGACUAAUCUCUAAAUGGAGAAAAGACAUGGAGAAACGCAAAACAUAACUAUAUGGGACUAAUCUCUAAACGUGCAUGCUUUUUGUUAACACUCUCUUCCUCUUAUUUCUAAGUUUCUAUAGCUAAUCUCCAGCUUUAUUUCAGGCAAAUGCAACACCUCAAUGCAUCUCUUUACUAAUGAUUUAUGUCUUAUAUGUGCAUCAGCUACCUUCAAAGCCAGUGGAAAGAAUCUGCAUCAUGUAUAAGGGACUAGAACCAUACAAUUUUUUUGACAGUGCUGCUAUUUAACUAGUAAGAGAUGAUGAAUGCAUAUGGCAUGAAUUCCCAUCAUAGAUACAUUUUAUUUCCCUUAUGGAGAUAAAUUACAACCUCAGGAACCUAACCUCUCUCUAUUUCUCUUAGUGAUUAACAUUUGGUUACAUAAGCCUUGCAUUUGUUGCAUGACAAAAGGUAGUCUGUGAAGAAGGUAGUAUGUAUCAUAAAAGACAUACGUAGCAUUCAUUUUUUUUUUUUUUGUACCGGAAUGCCAUAAAACCACUGUCUCUGGAGGUGAAUCAUUCAGCAGAGCAUUAUAAAAAAUUAUUUCUUACAGUUUCAGACUCCAUGCAGUCCUAUUCUUAAUGUGUUAAUCUUUCAUGUUAUGGCUAACAUAUGUGGGUGCAUGGGUCUCCAUAUAGCUACAAGCUGAGAGCAGUUGUAACUCUUCUUUUACCAAAAGGUGCAUGAUGCAGGGCUAUAUAUUACUAACCCAAGGCCUUGCCAUGACACACAGGGAUCCUGAGACCAAGAAUUUCACUUACUCGCUGAUGGGAAACGAAGCCAUCAUCAUCAACACCCAGGCCGCUGCACUGGCUGCCCUGGGAAUCCUUGUGCCUGUGAUGGUGGCUCUCCGCCCCUUCAGGAGGAGAUGGAGUGAGCGCCUGACGGAGCACCUAUGAAACGAGGACUCGGCUGAGUUCAUACAGACGCAUCUGUAGGUUACUGGAGAGGGAGACGGAAGGAUUGGGUUUCUCGGCAUCGCCAGAGAAAUAUUCUAAUUGGUGGUUCAGAGGCAGUUCAUGUUUGGUCUGUUUGAAUUUCAGCUCCUGAUGUGUAAAAGUUUUACAUGGUUACAUGAUGAUGAUGAUUGUAUCUUUACAUGACUGUUGAAUCUGUUACACAGAUUGUGGAUUCUAGAAAAUCUAUUUAUGUACAUCUAAUAAGCAGUCAUCUUCUGAAUAAGCUCUAUAUGUUAGGUUUUAAAGAUUGGAUAACAGAAAAAGUCUUUUGGAAAGUAGAUACCUUCAAAGAUUAUUUUUCCCCCAAUAUGUGUUACGAAAUGUUUUUUCCAUCUGAUCACCAUUUUUCAUUUAGACCACAACUGAUUACAUGUUCAGUCAAUAACACAUUUAGAUUAACAGUAACACAUUUAGACUGAUUACAUGAAUGACUUAGCAAAUCUGUAUACUUUGCUACUGGUUUGACAACUAUUUAAAGGUGUUUUAGUUGUAAUUGUAACUGCAUUUGUAUUUAGAAGGUACAUCAAAUUGAGAAUUGUCACUUUAGUUACUACUUGUAAAAAUGGCAAUGUAAAUCAUACAGUUGGUCAGGAAGUUACACUUGAGUAUAUUUAUACAUUAGUGUCUUUUGUCAUUAACAUGGAUGUUAUCUUACAAUGAAUUGAUGAGCAUGUGUGUGGAUGAGAAACUUCUUCAUUUUAGGUGAUAAUGUGUAUGUUAUUCAGUGUAUUCAUUCAUUUUAUGUGCCCUGUAUUUUUAUAUAUGGAAGUAUAGUAUAAGUGUUUCUUUCACAGUGAAUGUGUAUGAAUGAAGCUUUCUUUCAAUGAAAUGUAAGAUGUUAAUUAAAGACAAUGUUAACUAAAUCUGGUGGUUUAUUACCAGAUACCAGUAAAUACUAGUUUAUGUAUUGUACAGUAUAUGCAGCUACACAUAGUAAGCAUGAUGCAUUCCUGAAUGAGAGUUUUUCCUGUUUUACUGAACUUUUCUGAAGUUUAGUAGGUUAUUAACCAAAAUAUUUAUUUUUUAAUGUAUGUUAUCCAGCUUGCAAAUGCUGGAACUCAAAUGAGAUUUUGAUAAUGUAUUAGUCAUUAGUAUAAAAUAUUUGGAUAUUUAAAUAACUUACAUUUUAUGGAUUUCAAAAGAAAUGUACUUGCACAAAGGAUAAUUUGAAUAAUUUGAUGUAUCAGUGUAAUGAAUGAUGUUUUUUUGAAGAGAGGAAAUGAGGAAACUCCAUUUACAUUUUUUUUUUCAUGUCCAUUAUAUGUUGAAGCCUUUGAAGUAUUAAAAUCAAAUACAAAAUAAUAUUUUUUUAUCAGCAUUGUAUCUUUUGUUGGUAAAGCUGCAAUAUAAAGACUUGCAUAUGAAUUGAUAUCAUAUUUGUGUUUGAUGAACAAUGAGAUAGGAACAGUAACUGGUUUACCAGUUGUUUGGAUCUUAAUUGAUAUGUAAAUUGGUAGAUAACUAGAUAAUGUUGAUGUAGUAAUUUUUGUACAAGCAGGAAAAGUAAAAUUACAAUGAUAGU